UUUUUUUCCCCACGUCCUCCACCUAGUCAGUAGCCACAGAGGGAGGAUGUAUAAUCUACAACAUGUGAAGGCUAUUCCCGUCUCAGUAACUAGCUAACCUGAACUAGAUCAGUGACCGUCGUUGUUUUUCCUCCAAUGUUCUGCAAGCAGCGAACUAGCAAGCUUAGACUCAUAUCUGAUACAAUAACGACGUUAGAUAGCUAGACGUCAGUGUGUUUUCUGAAUAGAUCGAUCGAUCGAUCACAUAUCUCCUCUUCAUAUUUAAGACUGUGGCACCAUGUCUGGUCCGGAAUCCCCGGAUGCUAGUGAUCCGGCCCAGAGAAGCUCCCUGCGAGGUCCAGAGAUGACGUCAGGGAAGCUGGAAGACUGCAGUCAAACACUGGAACUCAGUGUGGCUGUCAAAGAUGAUGACGGUAAUGACGAGGAGGAGGCUGAUGAAGAGGAAGAGGAUAGCGAUGAUGUAGACUCUGGGCAGAACGUUGUGAAAGUGGACAUGGAUGAGGAGGAAGGCGAAGCAGUGAAAUCGGGAGGGGGCGCCAACUCGGACACAGACUGUUCAGACGGGGAGAAUGAACAGAGUUCGAACGCUCAGAGUGCAGUGGAGAAGCCACACCCUUGCUCCCAGUGUGGCAAGACCUUCAUCACCGUGGGGAGCCUGAAGAGGCACACACAGACUCACAGCGGAGAGAAACCCCACCGGUGCUCCGUCUGCGGGAAAUGUUUCUCACGCUCAGACGACAUGAAGAGACACCUCACCAUCCACACAGGAGAGAGGGUGAGCCACGUCUGUCAUCAGUGUGGGAAGACUUUCACCAGUCUGGGAGGGCUGAAGAAACACCAGAUGACCCACACAGGAGAGAAGCCGUUCCAGUGUUCUGAGUGUGGGAAAGGUUUCACUGCGCAGGGUAACCUUAAGAUCCACCAGCGCAUCCACACAGGGGAGAAACCGUACCAGUGCUCCCAGUGUCAGAAAAGCUUCUCCCGGCUGGCCCACUAUAAAGACCACCAGCAGACUCACCGGGAGGAGAAACCGUACCACUGCAAUGACUGUGGGAAAAGCUUCUCCUACUUCAAGUCGCUCAAGUGCCACCAGAUGAUCCACAAAGGGGAGAACCUCCACCACUGCUCCGUAUGCGGUAAAGGGUUCGCCAUCCGCGGCAACCUGAAGACCCAUCUGCAGACACACACCAAGGAGAAACCACACCAAUGCUCAGAGUGCGGGAAACGGUUCUCCCGAGCCCACGACCUGAAGAAACACAAGCUGCUCCACACGGGGCAGAAGACCUACCACAUUUGCCAGUGUGGCAAGAGCUUCACGGAGCUGGGGAACCUGCGGACCCACCAGAGAACCCACACCGGAGAGAAACCAUUCUGCUGUUCCUUCUGCGGCCGAACCUUCUUGCGUGCUGGAGACCUGAAGAGCCACCAGCGGACACACACCGGAGAGAAACCAUUCAUCUGCGCCAUAUGCGGGACCAGUUUUGCCCAAUCUGGCAACCUAAAAGUGCAUCAGAUCACACACACUAAAGAGAGGCCGUACCCUUGUGCUGUCUGUGAUAAGGGGUUCACCACACCGGGGAGUCUGAAGCUACACAUGAGGACACACACAGGGGAGCGGCCUUUCCUGUGUAGCGCAUGUGGGAAAGGGUUCACGGCGUCAGGGCAGCUGAAGAGGCACCAAGAGUGUCACAUGAGAGACACUGUCCAAUCAUCUCCUAGUGAAGACACGGGGGUGGCGGUGGCUUCAAAAUAAAAGUCCUCUCUAAGCGGACUACGAAAUAAGAGUACUGGAAACGUGCCAUUGUGUGUCUGAACUGUGAUCAUGAUGGGAGGUUUUACUGCUUCAUGAUGUCCCUAAUGGGACACCAUUCCCUGUGGGCUCUGGGCAAACAAGACACCAUUCACUGUGGGCU